AUGGAUUUGGAAGAAUUUGCUUCAACUUUCUCCUUUUCUACUUUGUUUCCUUUUCUCUUUCUCCUUAUCUUUUUUUGCUUUCUUUUCUCAUUUUUCUUUUAUUUAACUUCUUUUUUUUUUAACUUCCUCAUUUCUUCUGUUUUUUUUUCUCUUUCUACUUUACUUUUUUUUUCUUUCUUUUCUUCCAAUUCAUUCCCUGUAAUUUUUCAUUCUUUCUCCUUCCACCUAUUUACUUUAUUUUUUCCUUUACUCUAUUAUGCUUCUCUUCUUUUUUCAAUUCAUUCCUCUUUUUCUUUCUCCUCCUCCUCCUCUCUUUGUUCUCAUCUUCUUUUUUUUCCUUCUCAUGUUUCCAUCCUUUCUUCAUCUCUUCCCACAUUUCUUUUUCAUAUUUCCACUCUUCCUUUUCCGCCCUUUCUUCCUUUUUCUCUUUCUUCUCUUCCUUCUUGUCUUUUUCACUCUUUCUCUUCCCUCUCACUUUUCUGCUCUUUCCUCUUUUUUUUUUUUUCCUUUUUCCACUCUUUUGUUUCCCUCUCAUCUUUUCACUCUUUCUUCUUUCCUCUGCUUCCUCAUCUCUCACUGUGA